AUGUCAGAUCAGCCAUCCCCACCGGCCAAGCCAAAGCCAGGCUCUCUGCGCGACAGGAUUGCCGCUUUUGAGAAGGGAGGUGCUGCUGCUGCGCCUCCACCACCUAGACCCAAGCCAGCGGGGUUUGCGACGUGGAAACCUAAGCAGCCUUCGCCUCCUUCUUCACCGUCUGCGUCAACCGCAGGCGGAGGGGCAGACCAUCCGUCACCGUCACCUAGGGCGGGAGGCAUGUCGGUCUCUGAUGCGAAGGAUAGUAUCGUAAAGGGCGGGAGUUUGAAGGAACGCAUGGCUGCGCUGCAAGGGAAGGGAGCGUUUGGUGCCCCGCCUCCACCUGCACCUAAACCGGCCGUUGAGAAACCAAAGUGGAGGCCUCCUCCAGUUGUAGCUGCUCCUGUCCAAGAUGAUAAUGACGAUGGUGAGAGUGAGAGCCAUCCCGUACCGUCGGUCCCUGCUCCGACUGCGGCUCCUCAGCCAGAGGUUCCGUCUGAAGAGGGAGGGGAAGGUGCUGCGGAGGAAGGUGAAGGGCAGCCUACCGAGGUAGACCCGGAGGAAGAGGAAAGACAACGUCGUGCAGCGAUUGCUGCCCGCAUGGCGAGAUUGGGAGGUGCGAAGCUGGGGAUGGGGCCGCCUGUUAUGGGCCACAAACCUUUGCUGCCGUUUAAGAAGCCCUCGUUGAAGGAAGAAACUGGCAAACCGGAUGAGGGACCGGUGAACGUUGCUGGUGUUGCUGCGGGACCGCCUCCUGCGGUUUCUAGGAGUGAGGAUGUUAAUGUUGCAGAGACGGAUAAGCCGUCUGUUAUUGUUGCUGAUGCUGCUACAACGGAAGAAGGCUCAGCGACCUUACCGACUAGGAAAUCGUCCCAAGGCGAAGCUGCUGAGUGCUUCCCAGUCAGGAAAAAUUCAGAAUCUGCGUCUCUUCUUUCCGUCGACUCUGCGGAUUCUGUUCCUGCGCGUAGCCCAAGCUCCAUGCCUGUCCCUGCUGUCCCACGUCGAGCUGCUCCUCCCAGGAAGAAAGUCUCCAAGUCGCCUGGGCCUCCUCCUAUUGAGCAGGAGGAGGCGGCUGAACAGAAGGAGAAGGAGGUUACUUUGCCUGCAGCAGAACCUCUUGAGCUACAACAACCGGCUGCUGUCACUGGGGAAGAAUCAUUGACUGAGGAGAUUCCGGCUGAACCUCCAGUUGCCGAACAUGUGGUCAAGUCGCCAGAGACCAUCUUCGACCAUCCUGUUGCACUUUCCCAGCCUCCCAUUGUCGAGCACCAGGAGGAGCCCUCUUCGAGUGAACCCUCCUUACCUCCUCAACUUCCUGUUCACGUCCAGGCGUCCUCUGAGGUUGAGAUGGAAGUUCUCAAACCAACUCAAGAGGUAGAAGAGGAAGAAGAGGAAGUGGCUCGACGCAAGCGAGUAUCUGAAAAGUUGGCAAAGAUGGGUGGAGUUAAUCCAUUCGCCCUUGGUACUUCCCGUCCUCAACGACAAGCGUCGAUUUCCUCCGUAGAGGCCGCGCCCAUUGCUGCGUCCCCUCCUUCGGUUGAACUUGGCAGACGGCCUAGUGUUGACUUGGGACGACGUACCAGUGUUGACUCCCAGCGACGCAGUAGUGUGGACUUGCAGCGACGCACUAGCACUGACUCACAACGACGCACCAGCAUUGGAUCGCUGCCAAGGCGAGCAAGCAUCGACUCUCCCAUCGAGCCUCCUCAAAGGAAAGAUUCAAUCAGGAAAUCCAGCGUAGACUCAUCAAUGUCAUUUGAAGAAACCCCCACUGAAACUCUUGGGUUACGGUCACAUUCUCCUGAACCCAUAAAGGAGGAAGGAGAGAAGAGGAAGAUCGAAACGACGUCCGACAUCCAGGAAGAGGACGAAAACGAGACUUACGAUGAAGAACAUGAAGAACCGCUGACACGUAGUCAGCAACAGCGAGUUGAGGUUGAGGGUUCGCAAUAUGGUACCACCCGUCAGCUUCAUCGUAGGCUGUCCACGACGCUUGCACAUGAUCAAGAGGACGAGGAGGUCGGGACUCCACCUUUACCUCCACCUCGGGUUCCGCGUAGAGAGUCGCUUUUUGCUCGCGAGUAUCCACCACGGAGAGUGGUUCCGACGACACCGGAUGAUGAAGAAGAGUUUGAACAACAAGGACAUGAGGAGGAUGUGCACACUGAAGAACCGGAAGAAGUGGGGCAAGAGGAUGAGGGUGAAGAUGAUGGGAACCUUGCAGCUUCUCAUCUCUUCGUGCCUCCUCCUAGGGCGCGUAAUCGGUAUAUUGAGGAACCUCUGCGACACGACGACGAGAAUGAAGGUACGGACAACGAGUCGGUGCCUUUGCCAAUUCCCCACCGGAGGUCUAUCGAGGCAUAUGCAAGGGACAGUGAUGGGGAAUCUUCUGCUCCUUCGACUUCUUCCCCUCAAUUUACCUCUCGCCCCAUGAGAAACAUCCCUCCGCCUCCAGUUCGUUCUCAUCUUCGUCCAGGACCUCCCUCGGAUAUGGGGCAUGAUUCAGAUUAUGAUGAGGUCCUGCCUGUUCGCCCGAUGAGGUCGAAAGAUCGACCAAUUAGUGUGGAUGCGCCUGUGAUUGUACCACCCCCUCCCAUACCGGUUUCCCCACGCAAUCCGGUGUCUCCCCUUCACCACACGCCUACCCCUCCUCAUGCAGCUCCUCCCCAUCGGGUGCUUCCACCACCUCCCCCACCGCCUAUUCGUCAGCCUGAAGAGCUUUUGACUGCAUCUUCUUCGUUGUCUGUCCCUUCUGAGGUUUUGGACGAUGAGGAAGGGGACCCAAUAGAUCCCACGUUCCACAGUCCAAGUAGGAGGGCGUCAACAAUCACUUUGCAGUCGCCGCCUGCUCUAGCUGGCUUGGAGAACUUGACUCCUUCUCACUUCCAGCGUCCUCCUGCUCCGGCUCCUGCUCAUGCUUCAGAACCAGCUGGCGAGGAACACGUUGAAGAGGAAGCUGAGUCUUCGAAACGCAGAACAAUUGCUGAGCGCAUGGCCAAGUUGGGAGGAAUUAAGUUUGGCGCUGCACCACCCGUUCCUACUCGUCAAGCCCCCCCUGCAAGACGCGAGGAUGAGCAGGCAGCACAAGAGCCUGUUGCUGCUGCUGAGGAGAACCAAGGAGAUGUUGGCGAAGAAGAUGAAGAAGAAGAAGAGAGAGCUCGUAAGGCGCGAAUCGCUGCGAAGUUGUCUGGGAUGGGUGGAAUGCGGAUUGGCAUGAUGCCUUUGGCUCUUGGGACUGUUGCACCCCAACGAUCGCAUGUUUUGAGGGAUGAAGAUGCUUCCUCAGCACCCGUCUCACCUGCGGUGUCCACUCCUCCUCCUCAUCGUGCCAUUCCUCCUCCACGAGCGCCGCCUUUUGAACCUCAUGAAAGGGACGAUAGUGGCACCUCGGAAGAUGGCGUUAAAGUCGAGGCAGAAGAAAGCGAGAUCGAAGAAGUAAACUAUGAAGAUGCACAGGAGGAAACGCCGCCUCCAGUCCCAAACCGAAGGGCUACUUUGCAGGGACGUGCAUCUACUGAUACUUCGAGUUCGCUGAAACGCCGAUCCACUGAUAUAGCGUACUCUCAGCCUCCUCGACCCCCUCUUCCGACUAGUCUCCCAACUCGAAGACCUAGUGUUCAGACCACGAGAAGUGCAAGGAGCGCGUCUGGUGAUUCAUCUUUCGGUGUUGCGCCUCCAGUUCGAAAGUCGUCAAUGACUGUUCCAAAAUCUCAAGCAGAGUAUGUGUUCGUGGACGAACCCCAGUCUGUAGAGUCGCAAGAGGUUCCACCACAUUUGCCGCCUGGGCGACGGGCAGUACCUGGUCGAGCAGCACCAACACUUCCUCCGUCGGAUUUGGCGGACAGUAUCUCCUCUCAGUGGGAGCUUCCCUCCAUCCCUAGUGCAUCGUUCGAUUUUGGCGGAGGUGAUCUGGCAAUGUCUUGGACAGACGCAGGGAUCUCUGGCACUGCUCCCUUGCCUCCGCCUGUUGUGCCAGGAGGAAGGAGCUUGGCAAGGCAAGAGUCUAAACUGUCUGCGGAUGAGCUCAUUGCCAUUUGGGGUCGGGUUGGUGUGCAGAUUUGCGAAGUUGCCACAGCACUGUUUGAGAAAUCUAAAAAGUCGUUGAUUGGCGAUGGAACGUAUGCAGGCUUCGUCAGCGCUGUGCUCAGCGAAGUGCCGAAUGCUGCCCCGCUGUCGUCUGGGUAUGGGUAUCUCAUAUAUCAGCAGACUGGAUCGGCUGUGCAGAAGAGGGCUAGUGAGAUCAUGCCUGGAGACGUGGUGGAGCUGGUGGACGCGAAGUUAAAAGGUCACAAGGGGCUUCAGACCUAUACGCAGACUGUAGGCGCAGGAGAGCCGUUGUUGGGCGUUGUGGGUGAGUUUGAGCCGAAGAAGUCGAAGGUGAGAUUGUAUCACGCGAAUCAACAUGUUGGACAGCAGACUGUGGAGGCCGUGAGCUAUAGGCUGGAGGAUUUGAAAAGCGGUGCGGUGAAGGUGUACCGUGUCUUAGAAGCGUGA